AAAAGGAUACAAGAAACAAAAUACGAGCUCUCCACUACUCUAAGCCAACUAAAUUAAAUUUAACCUAUGAUAUUUUCCUAAGCCUCUCACAUGUACCUAUAUAUAUGUUUAUGUUAUCUCUAACUUGAUUGCCCUCAUAUUAAUAAGUAUGGAGUAUCAAAACCAAAGGGCCAAGGAGGGUAGAUUCUGUGAGAAACUCAAGAUCAAGAAUAGGCCAAAGUUUGUAGGAGUGAGACAAAGGGCUUCAGGGAAAUGGGCAGCAGAGAUCAAAGACACAUCAAAGAAGAUUAGGCUUUGGCUUGGAACUUAUCAAACUGCUGAGGAAGCUGCUCGAGCUUAUGAUGAAGCUGCAUGCCUCCUUCGAGGUUCAAACACUCGCACCAAUUUUUCUACUCAAGGGUGUGGCGUUGCUACAAAUUCUCCUAUAUCUCUCAAACUCAGAAACCUCCUUGAUCGUAAAGCCAUGUCAAAUCAAAGUCAAAGUCAAAGUCAAAUUCAAAGGCAAUCCUCUAUGAUAAGUUCCACUUUCCAAGGUGCUGAUACUUCAGCUAGUCCAAAUGUUAGUGCCAUCAAUAAGAUCAUGGUUAUGGAAAACUACUCUGCUUGUAGUAGUGAAGGUAAGUCUUUGUUUUUGGUUCAGAACCACCAAGUCUGUGAUAACCCGUAUGGACUAGAUAUGAAUAUGAUCAACUGUUCAACGGGUAUCACACCAAAUACAUCGCAGUUUGAUUAUUCUUGGCCAUUAGCCCAACAAAGGAUUAACGAAUUGCCAAUAUCAAAAGAUGAUUUUGGUUUGAAUGCAGAAAGGCAAUUGUCAGGAUAUGCCACCAAUGAGUGCCAUGAGGAGGAUACGUAUGCAUAUGAUGUCAAUUAUCCUCUCUCCCACUUUUUCUGCUUCACUUGAUAUCUAUCUUAAUCUUCCUAUCUCUUCUUAAAACAUAGUUUGUAUAAUAUUACCUUGUUUCCGUGUCAUUUUCCCUGAGAGGAUAAACCAAGAGUCAAGACCAUUGAAUUUCUAAACUCACUCUGCUUCACCAAGUGCUUAUAGGAAUCAGUAACAAGAUUUUCGGUACAAUGGUACUUUGCCCAGAGUGUAACAAUUCUUUUCAACUCCUCAAAGUUAACCCAUUGGAUAUUUUGCAAGCUCGUGAUCACUUACAGUCACACCCCAUCUCAGUAUAAUAAGGAAGACUAAUGUGUGAAGUCAAAUGUGUACGCACUAUAUAUCAGUCUUCAUUCUUCUAUAAAUGUACUUAGUGCUUACAAUAUAUUCAAUCCCACUCCUUAUGGUUGGAUAAUUAGAUGAAAACGGAUAUUAAGAUGUAUUUUACUUUUUUGUGUUA